AUAUGUUUUCUUUUUCACUGGACGUGUCUAGCUGAUCUGAGAUAAAGGGGUGUGCCCUAUGUGGGUGUGAGUGUGUGAGAGUUCUGGUGAGUUGGUGUACACACUGUUCUGCAGGAAGAAGGGAAGACAGUAAAGACAAGAUAUGUUUAUUUUAGUGUGCCGCUACAACCGGGUGUUCGCCUACCCCGGCGAUGACAUCACGCUGACCGUUCACCUCUCCCCGGAGACCAGCGCGGUUGGCAUGGAGAUCAGGUGGUUCAGGGGAAUAGAAUGCAUUUACCUGUAUAAGAACGGGCAGGUGACAGUGGGGAGAGGCUACGAGGGCAGACUGAGUCUGUUCAAUGAAGAACUGCAAAGAGGAAAUGUUUCUCUGCUGCUGAGAGACGUCGGACAGGCGGACACAGGAAUCUACAGCUGUCAGGUCAUCACUGGAGAAAACAGGGAAAACAGGGUGGAGAAGACAAUACAUUUAUACAUGGCAGGGACGGAAAUACUUUCACCUGAAAGAUUGGGACUGAAGAUCGCAGAACAGGACAGCCUGGAUAUGGAGGAAUCAGUCCAUUCACUCGAGAUGAAGAAAUUACUGCAGAAAAAGGACAAAGAGCUACAAGAUAAGAUUAAGGAGUUGGAAAGCGCAACGGAGGAGUUCAGGAGAAUGACAUGUCUCCUACAAGACAGAGAAACGGAUCUGGACAACAUGAGGAAAGUAGCAAACGAUGGAAAGGUCAGCUUGAAGAACAUGGCUGGCGAGCUGGAGGCCUGUAAAAGAGAACUGGAAAAACUGGGACUAAAGCUACAAGAGAAGGACAGCGAGAGCAAAGUAAUGCUAGAAGAGCUACAAGCAAGAACCCGUGCCGUGCAGGUGCUCACAGUCACACUGCAGGAAAAAGAGCGGGAAUUGGAGGAGGAAAGGAAACAACAAGAAGAAAGAGAACAACUGCUGCAAACAGUUGCAGUGAACGAAGGAGGUCCUGGCGCGGCAAAUGUACCUGAAGAGCCUGUCGUCUCUGAACUUGUGGAAAAGAGUGAGGAAAUGCUGAGUGAAAUGUACCAGGACCCAAAAGACCAGCUGGAGGACAUAGAGAGAUGGAUCCACAAGAAAAGGGAAGAGAGGAGAACUAGAGAAGAGGAAGAGAGCACUGAAGCUCUUGAAAAAGAGUUCCUCAGUUAUGUUAUGAUGAUAAAAGGACAGAUCGAGGAGGAGCACGAAAAGAUUGUGACUUUAGCGAAGUACAUCGCCGACCUUCAGGAAGCGUUUGAGCAUGUGGCGACUGAUGAGGAAAGAGGUGAGCUGGAGGUAUACCUGAAAGAAGCUGUAGAAAGGCAGAGGGAGGGUGAGGGAGAGAUAGAAAGGCUGACAAAGGAGAUAGACAAACAGAGAAAUGCAGUUGAGGAGAAGCACAAGCACGAGGUGGAACAGAUCCGAGAGAAAUAUGAGGUUGUUUCGAGGAUUGAAGCGGAAACAAACCUGCUGAAAAUCAUCCUGCCUGACGUACAGGCUUACUUUAGAAAUAUAACUGCCGAGGUGCACAGAGCCUUUACCAAACAGCUGCAGGCCAUGGAUAGAGAAAAGGGAUUGGAGGCAGGUGGCGAAAGAGAGAGAGAGCCAGACAGAGUGAAGAACAGUGUCAGAGAGAAGAUGCAGGAAGAUCGAAUGAGUCCAAUUGAAGAAGAGUCCUCAAAUGACAUGCUUGAGGUUAGCGAGCAGAGGAUGGAAGCAGAACAGGCGAGGCACAUUGAGGAUGGUCUGGAAAACGAUAGUUAUGUAGAAACAUUGACACAAGGAACCAAAGCAGACACAAGACUGCGGAGAGAAAUUAAUGGAGAGUUUCAGACAAGUGAGAGCACAGAUUCCGAAAGUGAGACUUUAGAACUGGAGGAACAUCCCAACAUGGUUAAUGGUGUGAUGACUUUAAGGCAAGAAGAGGUACAAGUAGAGAUAGGAGUGAGGGAACAUGAUGAGGAGAGGAAUGAAGUGGACAUGGGUUAUAGCCAGUAAUUUCCUACUGAGCGUCAGAACUGAGCAUUUAAUUUUUAUAUCUGCUCAAGUUGUAUCACUUUUGUUGGAGAACGGCAAUGGAAUGCGGUUUUGAGAUGUUGCCGCAGGUUUUCUGAUGAGAUAAAAACAAUGGUUGGGCCAAAAAUCUAAAUUCCCCAGUUUUCCCCUCAAACCAAAUGUAUUCAAUCAGUGGAAACAUGUUUGGGAACUGAAGUUUUCUACCUUAGUUUUGCAUUGGCACUACAAGGCUAAUGUGGCUAACAAGUAAUGGAAGCUUUAUUCAUUAAGCAUGCUAACUGCAGCAGCCAGGUCUGUCACCCACUGAAACAUUGGGCGCAUUAUUAAACAUUUCACUUUCAAAAUUACAGCAGUCGGUCUCCUCAGCUCCUCAGAGUGUUGUUAAAAGAAG